AUGGACGGCGGCUGCGGACUCAACAUCCUCUACGCCGAGACUCUCGACGCCAUGGGGAUUGACCGCUCCCGCCUCCGCCCCAGCAAGGCGCCUUUCCACGGCAUUGUGCCGGGGAAGCAAGCAAUGCCUCUCGGGCAGAUCGACCUGCCCGUCACUUUCGGGACCCCUUGCAAUUACAGGAAGGAAGUCCUUACCUUCGAGGUGGUGGGUUUCCGUGGAACCUACCACGCCAUCUUGGGGCGGCCGUGUUACGCCAAGUUCAUGGCCAUCCCCAACUACACCAACCUCAAGCUCAAGCUGCCGGGGCCCAACGGGGUCAUCACCGUCAGCACGUCUUUCCAGAAGGCGUACGAGUGCGACGUAGAGUGCUGCGAGUACGUCACAGCCAUCACCUUCACGGAGGGUCCGGCGGUCCAGCUUGCGGAGGGCGCCGAGGACCAACCUGACUCCAAGCAGUCGGCCACCUCCUUCGAGGCCAACGAAGGCGUCAAGGAGGUCCUCCUCGACCCCAGCAGCUCCGACGGCCGGACCGUGCGGAUCGGCGCUACCCUAUCUCCCAAAUAG